UUCUCCGCCUGCCGUACCACGGAUGUGGCAGCUCCACGUCACCGCUCAGUUCUAGCUGCUUGUUUCGGUGGAGGUUCUCGCGGUGGGACUGGCGACAGGGGGGAAAUAAAAAGGAUAAUAAGGACCACCUAAACUGAGAGCAUCACAUUAGCUCAUCAGCUCAUCUUUCCUUCCUGGCUGCCCCACAUAGUUGGCACAAUGACAGCAGCGGAAAAUGUUUGUUAUACCUUAAUAAACGUCCCAAUGGACUCUGAGCCACCCUCGGAAAUAAGUCUGAAAACGGAUCUAGAAAAGGGUGAUGUUAAGGCAAAAACAGAGGCUCUGAAGAAGGUGAUAAUAAUGAUCCUCAAUGGAGAAAAGCUGCCAGGACUACUGAUGACGAUCAUACGCUUUGUGCUACCGCUUCAGGACCAUACAAUUAAAAAACUUCUGCUGGUCUUCUGGGAAAUUGUACCCAAGACCACUCCUGAUGGCAAACUGUUGCAGGAGAUGAUCUUGGUGUGUGAUGCAUACAGAAAGGACUUACAACAUCCCAAUGAGUUCAUUCGUGGGUCAACACUGAGAUUUCUUUGCAAGCUGAAAGAGUCUGAGCUCCUUGAGCCCUUAAUGCCAGCUAUCCGUGCAUGUCUGGAACAUCGACACAGCUAUGUUCGCAGAAAUGCUGUCCUUGCAAUUUACACAAUUUACAGGAAUUUCGAAAACUUAAUUCCUGAUGCUCCUGAGCUGAUUCAUGAUUUUCUUGUGAAUGAGAAAGAUUCGAGUUGCAAGCGGAAUGCAUUUAUGAUGUUGAUUCAUGCUGAUCAGGACAGAGCACUGGACUACCUUAGCACAUGUAUUGACCAGGUCCAUGCGUUUGGAGACAUUCUUCAGUUAGUUAUUGUAGAAUUGAUCUAUAAGGUCUGCCAUGCCAAUCCUUCAGAAAGAGCUCGGUUCAUACGCUGUAUCUAUAAUCUCUUACAAUCAUCGAGUCCUGCUGUUAAAUAUGAAGCAGCUGGAACUUUAGUGACUCUCUCCAGUGCCCCAACUGCUAUCAAGGCCGCUGCCCAGUGUUACAUUGACUUGAUUAUAAAGGAAAGCGAUAAUAAUGUGAAGCUGAUUGUUCUUGAUCGUCUGAUUGAAUUAAAGGAGCAUCCCACACAUGAAAGAGUGCUACAGGACCUGGUCAUGGAUAUUCUUCGAGUCCUUAGCACACCAGAUUUAGAAGUCCGUAAGAAAACUCUGCAGCUUGCCCUUGAUCUUGUUUCAUCACGCAAUGUUGAAGAGCUGGUCAUUGUUCUCAAGAAGGAGGUUAUUAAAACAAAUAAUGUGACUGAACAUGAAGACACCGACAAGUACAGGCAACUACUUGUCCGCACGUUACACUCCUGUAGUGUCCGCUUUCCAGAUAUGGCAGCAAAUGUUAUUCCUGUGCUAAUGGAGUUCCUGAGUGACAACAAUGAGGCCGCAGCAGCUGAUGUUUUAGAUUUUGUGCGCGAGGCUAUUCAGAGGUUUGAUCAUCUCAGGCCACUCAUCAUUGAGAAAAUGCUGGAAGUCUUCCAUGCAGUUAAAGCUGUAAAGAUUUAUAGAGGAGCUGUGUGGAUCUUGGGAGAGUACUGUUGUACGAAAGAGGACAUUCAGAGUGUAAUGACAGAAGUUCGUCGUUCCUUAGGGGAGAUCCCAAUAGUGGAAAAUGAGAUAAAGAAGGAAACUGGUGAAGUAAAACCUGAAGAAGAGGUGACGGUAGCACCUGCACAGAAACUGGUUACUGAAAUGGGAACAUAUGCAACACAGAGUGCCCUAAGCAGCUCCAGACCAACUAAAAAAGAGGAAGACAGGCCUCCACUUCGGGGAUUUCUGAUGGACGGAGAUUUUUUUGUCGCAGCUUCAUUGGCUACAACUCUUACAAAGGUGGCCCUUCGCUAUGUGUCCAUUGUGCAAGAGAAAAGGAAGCAAAAUUCUUUUGUUUCUGAAGCUAUGCUGAUCAUGGCUACAAUCCUGCAUCUUGGAAAGUCCUCCCUUCCUAAGAAGCCAAUCACUGAUGACGAUGUGGAUCGCAUCUCCCUUUGUCUCAAAGUUUUAUCAGAAUGCUCUCCUCUGAUGAAUGACAUCUUCAACAAAGAAUGCCGUAGAUCUCUUUCUCAUAUGCUGUCCGCAAAACUGGAAGAGGAAAAGCUGUCUCAGAAGAAAGAGUCCGAAAAGAGAAAUGUUACAGUACAAGCCGACGACCCCAUCUCUUUCAUGCAGCUCACAGCCAAAAAUGAAAUGACGUCAAAGGAAGAUCAGUUCCAGCUAAGUUUGCUCGCAGCCAUGGGAAACACACAGAGGAAAGAGGCAGCUGACCCUCUUGCUUCUAAACUGAAUAAGGUCACUCAGCUGACAGGGUUUUCUGAUCCAGUUUACGCUGAAGCAUACGUCCAUGUUAAUCAGUAUGACAUUGUGUUGGACGUGCUUGUCGUCAAUCAGACCAGUGAUACCCUGCAGAACUGCACCCUGGAAUUGGCAACACUGGGAGAUUUGAAGCUUGUGGAGAAACCAUCACCACUCACAUUAGCACCGCAUGAUUUUGCAAACAUAAAGGCAAACGUGAAAGUAGCUUCUACUGAAAAUGGAAUCAUCUUUGGAAACAUUGUAUAUGAUGUGUCUGGAGCAGCCAGCGACAGAAAUUGUGUAGUUUUGAGUGAUAUCCACAUAGACAUCAUGGACUACAUUCAGCCGGCGUCGUGUACCGAUGCUGAAUUCCGUCAGAUGUGGGCAGAGUUUGAAUGGGAAAAUAAGGUGACUGUUAAUACAAACAUAGCGGACCUGAAUGACUAUUUACAUCAUAUUUUGAAAUCGACCAACAUGAAGUGCCUCACACCAGAGAAGGCUCUCUCCGGGUUUUGCGGGUUUAUGGCUGCUAAUCUGUAUGCCCGUUCUAUAUUUGGAGAAGACGCCCUUGCUAACGUGAGCAUCGAGAAGCCAAUCCACCUUGGGCCAGAUGCUCCAGUCACUGGUCACAUUCGCAUCCGAGCAAAGAGUCAGGGGAUGGCCCUGAGCCUUGGAGACAAAAUCAACCUGUCGCAGAAGAAAUCAAAUGCCUAAAAUCCCGUAAAACAUUUGACUCUUGUGACUUCCCUGCACACACUUCCUACUUGUGUAUAUUCUUCAUUAGAGACGUCACACGCUUUCCAUGCUUUGAUUUGUAGCUCCCAUAGCUGUAGCUGCUAAACCCCCAAACCAACCUCCUUGACCCAUCAAAUGUUUUCUUGUUUUUUUUUUUUUUU